AUGCACGUCGUCGACGCCCGCGCUCUCGACACCGUCUCCGAUGCCGUAGAUGAAGUAAACAAGCUCAAGGGCCAGACGAACAAGUGGGAUGAGGCCUCCAAGUUUGAUGCUGAGAAGGACAAGGCUACCUUCCGUCAGUACGAGGAUGCCUGUGACCGCGUCAAGAACUUCUACCUCGAGCAACACGAGAAGCAGACCAUGGAGUACAACCUCCGUGCGCGUGCUGAGUUCAAGAGGAACGUCCGUGCCCGCAUGGGCGUCUGGGAGGCCAUUGAGAAGCUCAACACCCUCAUCGACAACUCCGACCCCGAUACCAGCGUCUCCCAGAUUGAGCACCUCCUCCAGACCGCCGAGGCGAUCCGCCGUGACGGCAAGCCCGAGUGGAUGCAGGUCGCGGGGCUCGUGCACGACCUCGGAAAGCUUCUCUGCUUCUUCGGCGCCGACGGCCAGUGGGACGUCGUCGGUGACACCUUCGUCGUCGGCUGCAAGUUCUCAGACAAGAUCAUCUACCCCGACACCUUCGCCGGCAACCCGGACUCGCAGGACCCGGUCUACUCGACCGAGUACGGCGUGUACGAGCCCCACUGCGGGCUCGAGAACGUCAUGCUCUCCUGGGGCCACGACGAGUACCUGUACCACGUCUUCAAGCGGCAGAGCACGCUCCCGAUGGACGCCCUCUACAUGAUCCGCUACCACUCCUUCUACCCGUGGCACCGCGAGGGCGCGUACCAGCACCUCGCGAACGCGAACGACAAGCACGCGCUCGAGGCCGUCCUCGCCUUCAACCCGUACGACCUCUACUCGAAGAGCGACGACCCGGUCGACGUCGAGAAGGUCAAGCCGUACUACCAGGGCCUCAUCGCCAAAUUCUUCCCCGACGUCAUCGAGUGGUGA